UUUCUCCGAAUCUGCUAUGACCUUGUACGUGAGUAGGCGUCAUAUUUUUAUUAUAUAAUUUAUACCUACAUAAUGUAAAAAGACGCUCGUUCAAGUUUUCACAGGAGCUGUCAUCGAGAAAAUAAAGAAAUGGAAAUAUUAUAGUACUAUACCGGGCAAGCUAUAACUUAAUUAUUAUAUGUAUUACAUAUAAAACCUGUGAAUAAAAUUGAAAUUGUGGAAAAAAUAAUGGAAACAGUUGGAAAUUAAUACAUAUGAUGACAAAUGUACUUACAUAUUCUUUUGUAGAGCUCAUAGGAGCACCAUGAGCCAUCAAACAAGUAUUGAUAAAUAUUUUAAAUCGAAAUUGCCCUCUAAAAGUUUCAGUAGCAUGAACCAGAAUUCCGCAGGAAGUAAAAAAAGAUUUAGUUUGAGUCUCGCAAACGGACCCCCCGUAAAGACACUAAAAAAUGAAUAUACUAAUUCCAUAGUAAACAUAUGUCCAAAAGCGGAGACCUCUUCAAGAUUCCCAAGCCCUGAAAGGGAAAAUUGCAAAACUGAAACUUUAAUUGAUUCCAUUAAAUCUGAAAUAAGCCCGACAACCCCACGGAAAUCGCCAAAAUCAUUCGGUUCUCAAGGAUCUGGAUCAAAAGAUAAAUUUUACUCACCAAACAAAAAGCGAGCUGUUUUAAAAAAAAGAAGUCCAGUCAAAAAGAAUUUAGCUCGAGAUUCAUUUGGAUGCUUAGAAAACGAUAACUCAAUUGAUCAUGUUUUCAAAGCUGCAAGUGAUGGAAUGGAUGAUAAAACUAUAUUUCUAUUGAACAUCAUCUAUAAUUUUUUGAAUAAUGAGAAUUUGAAGAACCUACUAGAUGAAUGUUCUCAGACUCUUUUAAGUAGAUGUCUUCAUGUGAAAAAGCCUGGUGUCAGAGUUAUAUGUAGAUUGUAUUGGAGGCAGGCCACCAUUUACCGCUGGGAUGAUCUUGAAAAUAUCAGCAAUGAUAGGUCUAAUAAAAUUCAAAAACAAAUAGUACAAGAAAUGAUCAGUGAUCUAGUGAAAAAUGGUUUCCUUGAAAAUGUUAAUUCUGAUGAUACAUGCAAAUUAAAUUUUCAUGAGAUAACUUCUAAAUUGAAAGCUGAUGAAUUGAAACAAAUAUGCAAGGAAUUAAAUAUAAAGGUUCAGUCCAAACAAAGUGCAAUAAAAUUAUUAGAGAAUUACAGCAACCAAAGUUCCAUCAGCAAGUUCUUUAUACAAGCGAAAGAAAACCCUACCAACAACAAGACCAGACUCUUGGAAAUAUUUAAAAAAAAAUUAGGGUCGUGCUACAAGUUAACUGAAAAAGCAAGAAGUACACUGUAUGAGCUGUAUCUAUUGACAUACUUAGGAAUGGGCUACUCAAUUAUAAGAGAGAAGAGGCUGGAACUUACAUUACUGUAUGAGAAGAUUAAUCGUGAGACAUUUCCAAUUAUCGAAAACAGGGAUAUUGAUGAUGCGAGUGUUGUUUUCAAAAAUCGAAAAGAGUUUGAGAAGUAUCUAGACGCUCAUUAUAUAUACGAAAAGUAUAUAAUCGAGACGGACGAUAAAGUCAAAUGUAUUUUAGUAGAAACGGUGUAUGAAAUGUACAAGAAAAUUGACAAGGAAGACAUGAUUAGAUACACUUCACUACCAGAGUGGUUGCGUCGAUAUACGCCGCCAUAUAUAUUUGUGAAAAUAUUAGGCGAAGGGAUCCAGUCGCUGAAGCGUAAUAAAAGUGACGUGUCUUCGAACUUCGCCGUUGAAAUACUCAGUGUGCUGAUAGCGCAGGACUCGUUCAGGCAACACAAGAAAGCUGGCUGGUAUACCGAAAAAGCUUUAAUACUACAGAAAUAUCUUGGACGGCACGAUGAAGCGGCCCAGUUAUUAUUGGAAGGACUUCAGUCCAACAAACUUUCAGACGACGCCAAAGACGCGAUGCGACCUCAAGCUGUCAAAAUAUCGAAGCAGAAAACAAAUGUAGGAAACAAACUAAGAAUAAUUCUCAACGAAAUCGCCAAUGAAAAUAUCAAAUUGGAAAAGGAUUUGAGCGCUGAGCAUUUACACAAAAAUCCUAUGGAUAACUGGUAUAAAGGCAAAUUGAAGUACGAGGUUUGCAUAGAUGGGAUAAGGCAAGCCAUUGAGGUUGAAGAUUACUGUAUCUGGCAUUACAUUAACAACGGAACGUACACCCACGGUGAUCACUGGGAAGGCAGAAUAAUCACGACAAUAUUCUUUCUGCUGUUCUGGGAUAUCAUAUACUCGAAACCUGCUCACGCACCAGGUAUAUUCCUCAGUCGCUAUCAGAGGUAUCCAUUGGACUUGUACUGCGAUAGUUUCUACACGAAUAGAAAGAGUGAGAUCGACGAGCGAUUGAGUAGUCUAGCGGCGGGCAGCGCAGAGGAUAUGUUGGAGGCCAUGAGACGCGUGUGGGACUCGAGGCCCGAGGGUGAACUAUCUGGACUAACGAGGAGCAUAGAGUGGGACAGGAUAGAGAUGGUGGCGGGUUGCCUGGGGCCGCGGCGGGUGGGGGCGCUGUGCGAGCGACUCGCCACGAACUACGGGCACGCGCACAGCGGCUUCCCCGACCUCACGCUGUGGAACGCACACACGAAAACAAUAACGUUCAUGGAGGUGAAGUCUGACUCAGACCGUCCGUCCGUGAAGCAGCUGCAGUGGAUGCACUAUCUCCAGCAGCGCGGGCUCCGCACGGCCUUCUGCUACGUCGGCGGAGACUCCGGGCGCCGCGCCAGGCUCGACCGCCCCUGACGCUGCCUACUAUACACGCCAAUCACUGUGUCUGUCACACGCCCGUCAUAAUAAUCACCUUAUCGUCUCAACGAAACCGAUCCUGAUUUGAUUUUUUGAAGUGAAACUUCUUUAGAAUCGUUGUGAUGUGAUUUCAAACUCGAUGAAACGAAAAUGAGAUAGAACACAUUAUACGUGAAGUUAAAAUAUCAAUUCACAGAGGGCGCUGCCUCAUAUUAUAAAAGAUUUUUUUUUAUUGCUUAAAUGGAUGGACCAGCUCACAGCCCACCUGGUGCUAAGUGGUUAAAUGCGCCACCCACCUUGAGAUAUAAGUUCUAAGAUCUCAGUAUAGUUACAACGGCUGCCCCACCCUUCAAACCUAAACGCAUUACUGCUUCACGGCAGAAAUAUACACGCCUAUUUCUGUGUCACACGCCCGUCAUAAUUUUUCUACCUAUUCUUGUAACCUCGAGAGGCUAUUCUAGAUUCACCGAGCUGGUAGGUGAGCUCACGGGGCUUAAAACGGGAGUGCUGCUAACACUGGCCCUAGCAAGAGCAGUGCUUCCCGGAAUCUACCACGGGAUCGGGAAUGCGACCCACUGAGAAGAUCCGGCGAGAAACUUAGUGGGCUGUGUCUGUGGGUUAAUUUACUCGCCGAGCCUUUUCGCUCGAAAGAAAAGGACGGGUCCGACAAGGACGGUGACCCGUUGUUGUGAUACCUAAAAGCACCGUUAAUGGAUUGAAAGGAUUGGUAAUGACGUAUUUAGGGCGAUUAGGAGAGAAGUAAAUUUUUAUAAAAGCUAUACUAUGAAUUUUGAUUAUUCAAAGACUUAAGUAGAAUGUAACUUUAAAUUUUAUUAUUAAUAUUUUGUAAAUUUGUAUGAAGACCUCAUGACUAAUAAGAAAAAAGGUGCGUCUAGAAUAAUUUUCAUCAACAGUAAGAGCGAAUUAUUUUUUAAAUACGAUCAUUAAUGAGCACCUCAUUAAUUUUGUAUCAAAUAGUAAAAUCAGUUUUGUAAUCUGUUUAUGUAAAUUAUAAGAGUGUAAAGAAAAGAAGUAGUACUUCUUGUAAGAUGAAUUGCCGCGCUUGCGCUGUUUGAAAUGAGAUUCUAAUGAAUGUGGAUAUGUCAAAUAAAACAGCGGUGACAGAGAUGAAGAAAUACGAAGCUAUUAAAUUAAUUUCUAUUUAGAAUUGUGAACGAAUUUACUAUAAAAAUAGACUUUAAAUGUCGCUUCAUUAGAGUUUAUAGAUCUUAUAUAUCGACGCUUGAAAGGCAAACGUGACUAAGCGUCAAUGCGUGAAAUUUACAGUAGACUAAUUUAAAGUUGAAAUACCUGAAAAAAAAUUCUAUUUUAACGAAUCUAGCUGUAGGAUUGAAAUGAUUUUAAUAGACCUAGAAAUAUAUUUUUUUUGCGCAUCGAAUAUGGUUAUUGCCUAUCAUUUAUGUACAAAGCAGUUAUUGUCGCUUAGUCACGUUUGUCUUUCAAGCGUCGAUAUAUUAAGUUGAUGUAUGUCCUAAACUAUAUAGUGGUUGGGAUGACUUCGAUGAGAUUUUGAAGAUUGUCCUGUUGGUAGUGAUGACGUCAGAAUACAAUUAAAUGUCGACGGUCAAGCUCUUCACUAGUGCUCUACAAGCUAACAUUAAUGUCAAAUAUACCUCGAGGACCGAAGCAUUGCGUCAAAUAUACUUUUAAUAUUUUUACAUCGAGUCAUUUAUAGCAUUUUUCUUUUUCGGUCUUAAAAUGAUCACAUAUCAUAUGGUAUAAUAGGUAUAAUGCAUUUAGGUAAGCCUCUGAGGACAAGAUAAAGUUUUAUUCUGUUGAAAUGUUAUUAUGAUAUUUAAACGUUUUGGUUAUUCUAAUGUUCGUGGGUAAAGUAGAAGGCUGCUAAUUUAAACUUACCUCUUGAUAUCACAACAGUAUCUGCAUACGUGCGAACUUUAGUAUAUGAUGUAUUACUAUUCUGCAAAGAACGAACCUGUUCCAACAAGAUGGAUCGAAGUCGUAUUGAUUUCAUUUCCGAUCCUUCAGACCGAAUGGUAAACAGUCGACGUCGCCCUAAGCACGUCAUUUCGGAUCCUCCCGAUCCACUAAUGGUGCUUUUAGGUACCUCAAGCAUUGGUCAUCGUUCUCGUCGAACCCGUCGCUUGCGACAAAGGGCUCGGCUAAUAAACUAACAGACCACAGACACAGCCCACUGAGUUUCUCGCCGGAUCUUCUCAGUGGGUCGCGAUCCGGUGGUAAAUUCUGCGAAGCGCUGCUCUUUCUAGGGCUAGUGUUAGCAACGUCGUCAGAUUAGAGCCCCGUGAGCUCACUUACUCGUUCUAUGAAUCUUAGUAUAACCACUCGCGGUUACUAGGAUAGGUAAAAAAAAAGUAGCGGUUUUGUCCGUGAAAAAUUAAUGUUUCUUUUUUAUAGCUUGUUUACUUAUUUGUUUUUAUUUUUAAGAAUAAUUGAUAAUAGAAGUUACAUUGAUUAUUUAUGAAUGUGAUAUAAAUAUAUUUUUAAUAAAAACUUUGUAUCGAAAAA